AUGACUUCCAAAAACCACUUCGAACAGGCCGUCCGGGCGAAGCAUAGCAAUUCCUCAGAAGACGGUCUGGAUGCUAGCGCCCAGGAUGCGCAGAUCAAGAGGAUUUCCAGGAUCUCAACAAUCUUCACAUCUUUGGUCGCAGGUCUCGCUCUCUUCAGUGACGGGUACAAUGCUCAGAUCAUCGGAUACAUGAAGCCACUUUUCAAAGACCUUUAUAAAGAUGGAAUGUCGAGCACAAUCAGCACUACAUUAUCGAACUCAUAUCUGAUCGGCGAAAGUUUCGGCAUGCUCUUCUUCGGCUUUGUAAUUGACAAGAUUGGGAGGCGUACCGGAAUUGUCUUCGCCACGUUCUUCCUAGUGCUCGGUAUCAUUCUGGCCACUGCCGCUCACGGAUACUCCCAGCUUGGUAUGUUCUGGAUGAUGAUCGUAGCUCGUGGCAUUGCAGGGUUUGGAGCGGGCGGAGAGUAUCCAGUUUGUGGGACUGGUUCGACUGAAGCCUCCGAUGAGACUCACUACGUCCGCAAGCGAAGAGGAAUUCUCGUCGCAAUUUCGACCGAUUUUGCGAUUGAUCUUGGCUUUGUGAUUGCGGGUUGUGUAGCGCUAAUUGUGCUUGCUGCGUACAACUAUCGCACUUCUGAGGGCGUUUGGAGGAUAUGCUUUGGUCUGGGAUUCGUGCUGCCGGUGGUCUUAUUCUUCUUUCGAAUUCGAAUGAUCGAAUCGACGCAGUAUCGUAAACAUGCUAUGAAGAAGAAGAUCCCAUAUCUUCUGGUCAUUAAGCGUUACUGGAAGCCUAUGCUUGGGACCAGUUUGGCUUGGUUCUUCUAUGACUUUGUCACGUACCCUUUCGGACUGUUCUCAUCCACCAUCCUCGGGCAGCUGAAUCCGAAUGAUAGCUUAAUCCAAAACAUCGGUCUAGGAACAGCAGUGAACUGCUUCUACCUGCCCGGGUGCAUUGUCGGAGGCUUCUUGAUGGACUGGAUUGGACGCAAGCAAACUAUGACACUUGGCUUCGCUUGCUGGGCAGUUCUCGGUUUCAUCCUAGGUGGCGCGCUGGGUCCGAUUCAAUCAGUAUUCCCGCUUUUCAUCGUGCUGUACGGGCUGUUUAACUCCUUUGGUGAGAUGGGCCCCGGUGUUGCCACAUUUCUUUGUGGCGCCGAGUCAUUUCCAACACCGGUACGAGGACAUUUCCUGGGGCUCGCCGCAGCGGUCGGAAAGGCAGGCGCUGCCAUCGGCACUGAAGUCUUUACGCCGAUUCAAGACUCGUUCUCGGAUGACUUUCGAGGCGUGCAGGCGGUCUUCUUGAUCGGCGCUGCAUUCGCGGCAGUCGGCGGGCUGAUCUCGUGGUUCUUAAUUCCAGAUCGAUCCCGGGGUCUUGAGGAUGAGGAUUCUAAAUUCCGUGCAUAUCUGGCUGAACACGGAUUUAGCACAGACUUUGGCGAGAGUCUUGAGAAGGAAAUCAAGACCACGGGUUUCAAGAUCUAG